AUGGCUAGUGGCAAUGGCUGCGUCCCGCACGUUCGGGUUGUGAGCCGGCGGCUCGUGCAGGCCUCUGACGCGUCCAUCCAGCCGCGCGUCCUCGCCGUCUCCAACCUCGACCUCCUCCCGCAGGCCAUCCAGGUCUCCAUGUUCUGCGUCUACCCCAAGCCGUCGCCGUCGCCGUCCACCACCGGCGCUUUCCAAGACGUCGUCACGGCGUUCGCCUCCGGCUUGCCGUCGCUGCUCAACCACUUCUUCCCCUUCGCCGGCCGCGUCGUCACCGACCCUUGCUCCGGGCUUCCCGAGGUGCACUGCGGCAACCAGGGCGCGGAGCUCGUCGUCGGCGUGGCCGACGUGGAGCUCUCUUGCCUGGACUACGGUUCGGUGGGCGCGUCCAUUGCCAAGAUCCUGCUGCCCUACGCCGGCGACGUGGCGCUGUCGGUGCAGGUGGUGUCGUUCCCCUGCGGCGGCUUCACCGUGGCGUGGGGCACCAACCACGUCGUGGUGGACGGGAGCGGCCUCAGUUUGCUCGUCAGCGCGUGGUCCGAACUCGCAAGGUCCGGGUCCGGGGAGCUCGUCGCCGGAGCCCGGCCGAACCACGACCGCUCCGUGUUCCGCCCGCGCGCCCCGCCUUCGUACCGCGCCUCCCUCGACAGGGCGUUCACCCCGUCGGACGGCGAGCGGCAGGUCAACGUCCUGACGAGCGACGAGAGCUUCGUCCUGCGCCUGUACUACAUCGAGGCGUCGGAGAUCGCCCGGCUACGUGAGGCGGCGAGCCGGGACGGCGCGCCGCCGGCGACGCGCGUCCAGGCGGUGUCCGCGUACCUGUGGAAGGCCCUCGCCGCCGUGGUGGGCGCGCGAGACGAGCGCUGCCGCAUGGGGUGGUGGAUCGACGGCCGCCGGCGCCUCACCUCGCCGGAGCACCGUGCCGCGAUGCGCAACUACGUGGGCAACGUCGUGACGUUCACCCACGCGGAGGCCACCGUGGAGGAGGUCCAGCGGAAGCCCCUGGCGGAGGUGGCGUCCAUGGCGCGCGACGCGAUCACGGCGGCGGCGCGCGACGUCGACGAGCACUUCCAGGAGCUGGUGGACUGGGUGGAGGAGCACAAGCCGCGGAGCUACGUCGAGACGGCGACCGUCGGGCUGGGCAGCCCGACGGUGAGCGUGACGGCGUUCACCUCGUUCCCGCUCGACACCGACUUCGGCUUCGGCCACGCCGCCAUCGCGAUGCCGACGACGGCGUCCGCCGCGAGGCUGUGCUCGGGGUUCGUGCAGCUCGUGGCGCGCCCUGGCGGCGACGGGUCGUGGUUCGCCAGCGCGCUCCUCUGGCCGCGGCUGGCGGCGGCGCUCGAGUCCGACGAGCAGCGCGUGUUCAAGCCUCUCACCGCCGAGUACAUUGGCCUCAAGGCCCAAGGCAGCAAAUCCUCCGUGAACGAACCUGUGAGCUGCUAA